UCUAGCUACUCCCGUCUUUCGUCUUCUCUGCGGAGAAAGGGGCGGGAACAGAGAUAAACCCUAAACGAGAGAGCGAGAGAGAGAUGAGUCAUCAUCAUCAUCACCAAGCUGUAGAUAAUCUGAUAAAUAUCUUCACGAAAGCUUCUCAUGAUCUGACUGUCGUCCAUUACAAGCUCGAGAAGGAGUUCCAACAGAUUUAUCCAGAUAAUGCUAAUCCCAUGAAGCUGAUUCAGAGAAUCGAGAAGUUGCAGGAAGAUGUCUCUGUCUUGAAAGAUCAAUGCCGUGAGCUGUUGUCCGCCAAACAGGAUCUAAUUGACAAAGCAAAGACAACCCUUGUUGGGAACUGGAACCUAGUUCAGAAGAUGAAUGCAUCCUUGGGUAUACCGACAAGUAAUGAUGGGGAUGAUGCAUUGGCCGAUUUCAAUCAGGUCAUCAACGAGUGGACAACCCAACUAAGAACAAGAACAGAGGCAGAGGACGGGGAUACAGAGGACAUCAACAAUAUACUCUUCUCGGCUAUCGUUCAUCGCAGCUGAGAAAGGUGUGUUUAUAUUCGCCGUCCCUCUCUCGGCAUAUAUAAGCAAAAAUCAUUUCAUUUGACAGAUGGUGUGACAUGUUCUUGUUUAGUACCCACCGAUCGAUCAGAUGAUCUCUUCUCCUUGGUUUCUGAUUGGUGCUUACAGACCAUUCCAAGUUUUCGCCUUUGUAAUUUCAAUUUGGUGAUUUGGUCCAACUCGUGGGCUCCACCUAUUCAUAUACUUGUAUCUGUUAAAGAAAAAUCGAAAUUCGGAUACUCACUGGAUUCAUGUGUGAUGAAAAACCAAAAUUGAGCUCGA